AUGCUGUCCGUUGUUUCGACUGGCCGGCUGCUGGCCAAGUGCCUGCUCGUCCUGGCCCUGGCUGCAUAUGCAGCUGCAUUCUCUGUCCUCUCUGCCUCGCCCAAUAUCUUCCCCAUUGCCGGCGGCACAACCAUCAGCCUCACCCUCGCUGGCUACUAUGAUCCCUCGAGAACCUACCGCGUCGCCGUCUGGAACCCUACCACGGGCCGGAGCUCCAUCGCAACGGCCACAUUCAGCUCCGCAAGCACUGGCGGCAACGUCAACACCACCGCCGUUGUCUUCCAGAGCCCCGCGAUGGACGAAGGCGCCUGCGUUUUCAAUGUCACGGACGGCUUUACCGUGAGCGCGGGUGUCGUCGACUCUCUGCUGGUUUACGAUCCCUCGCGUCUCAGCGGAGCCGUUACAGCCUCCACCCAGGGCCAAGGCAUCAACGCUCGCUCACUGCUUGCCAACGGCGGAAACACAGUCAUCAUUGCCCUUCCCGCUAUGCCCAACAAUCUGCUCGCCUUGGCCAACGUAUCCCCCGCCAUUCGCAUCGUCAGCGUGGUCAAUGCCUCCAGCUACUACGACAUUGCUGCCCAGCUCAGUGGCAACACCCUCACAGGCUUCACCGACGCUGGCAUCGCACAGGUGUCUCUGGGGCAGCAGGCCAAGGCCCUCAUAUCCUUUGACGGAAAGCAGACCUUCCACGACCUGAGCCUCGUCUACACUCUCACAUGUAUGUCCAUCGAGCCUCAUCCGCAGCGAUGGUGCACACCGACACAUUCGACCAGAUCCUCGGUAUCUGGAUCGGUAUCGGCCGUGGAUGUCGCUACAAAUGGCGUCGACUCUGGUUUCGGACACUCGCUCAACGUUGGACUCAAUAACCUCAAGAUUCAGUUCGGAAGCUCUAUAUCCAUCUACACGCUCUUCAACAUUGGCUUCAACACCAACUACCAGCUCAUUCACGACACUAUCCAACAAAACUCCAUCGACAUUGCCAUCCUGGGAGUGACCAUUUCCCAGCAGCUCAAUCUCACCGUGACCUUGACCCAGAACUUUCCCAGCCUCAAGGUUCUCACCUGGACGACCUCCAACAUCAACCCCAUCCCGGCCAACACGCGCUGGUACUCCUUGCGCCAGGAGGAAGCAAAGUACUUGACUGGAUACGCUGCUGGUCUGUUUGCCAAGAGCCGGUCGGACGUCAGCUUCGCAAAUGGCAACAUCCCAAUUGGGUAUCUACUUCCAAUGGAGGUCCCAAGAACGAUGAUCCACGCCAAUAUGUUUCUCUUGGGUCUGCAGAAGGCCAUUCCUGGAGCGAAAAUGAUCACCCGAAGCAUCGGCACAUUCUACUAUCCAUUUGCCGAAACCCAAGUCUCGCAGCAGUUCCUGGCCGACGGCGUCAAGGUCCUUGGAUACCAGACCGACACGGUCAUUCCUGUUGCUGUCUUCACCUCAAAUGGAUCCUACAUCGCUGCCGCAAACACCGAUCCCAGCGGCGACUAUGGCAACCGCGUUCUGGCGACAGCUUCCUUUGACUGGAUCACGAUCUUUGGACCAUUCGUUCAGAACUACAUCGACGGCGUGCCGCUCAGUGACACCGCCAUGGUCAACUCUGGCCUGCUCAGCGGCCUUACUUACAUCACCGGGAUCUCUGGCUGGUUCGACGUCAAUCAAGUGGCAGCCAUUCAGGCCGAAGUUGCCCGCCUCAAGUCGCUCCCGGACAACUCCCGGUACUGCGGUCCCAUUUAUGAUGUCAACGGCAACACCAUCAUCGGUCCCAACGACUGCCUGAACUUCACCUUCACCAACACGCUGAACACGUACUUCCAGGGCAUCGUGCCCAUGGGCCAGUUCAACCCCGUCUUUCCCUACGAGAAUCGCCACCUGAUCUCGAUGGGUCUACGAAUCGUUAUAUUCUUGAUCACGGCCCUCAGCCAGGUUAUCACCCUUGGCAUCACCCUCCUCAUCAUCCUCAACCGUGAACAGCCCCAAAUCAAGGGCGGGUCGCCGACGUUUCUGGUGCUGAUGGGCUUCAGCGCCAGCAUCGCCCUGUGUGGCAAUUAUCUGAUGGGCAUGGAUGACAAUGUCAUCCAGGACGCCAAUACGCUCAACGCCGCCUGCAUGGCGACGCCAUAUGUGAUUGUCCUGCCGAUGAUGCUGAUGUUUGGCGCACUGCUCAUCAAGAUGUGGCGCAUCUAUCGCAUCUUCAAGAACCCCAAGGCCGAGAUCAUCAGCUUCAGGCCGCACGAACUCUUCUUCACGAUGGCUGCUCCGAUGCUGGUGUCGUUGGGCAUUAUUCUCGUUUGGAACUUUACGGCGCCCCUGGAGUGGAUCCGAACCAUCAUCAACACCGAUUCGUUCGGGAACAGCAUCGAGUCGUCUGGGCUCUGCAAAAGUUCCACCACGCUGAGCUUUGAUCCAUUCCCGAUCUCGAUCUUCUUUAUAUUCAUGGCAAUCCUCCUGACCAGCUUCUGGAUCGGGCACUCAACUCGAAAUGUUCCGUCGCAGUACAACGAGGGGAAAAACCUGAGAUCCUCGUCGAUCCCCGCUUGA